GGUUUGUUAAACUAAUAUGCGCAUGUGUGUGGAUCCACAACUCAUGUUGUUUGAUCAAAAUCGUCAGGACCCAUUUUGCCCUUUUUUCGUUUGACCUGCUCUCUAUGGUUUUUUCUAGUUGAGGGAACCCACCCACCCCCUAAAGAAUCGCCACUUUCUCCCCAUUUCAGCCACCAAUUGCUGAAUCAGUCAGGGAAAAUUAAAAUGAGUGGGGGUCUAAAGAAAUCUCCUUCAAAUGGCUUUGAGAAUUCUUUGACACCUGAAGCGCAGCAGGCAAAGAUUAAUGAGGUGAGAAGGUUAGUGGGACCAUUGCCUGAGAAGUUGUCCAUUUAUUGUUCUGAUGCUUCAAUCUCAAGACAUCUAAGGGCACGAAACUGGAGCGUGAAAAAGACAACAAAAAUGCUUAAAGAGACCUUAAAAUGGAGAGCAGAAUAUAAACCAGAAGAAAUUCGCUGGGAAGAAAUUGCUCGUGAAGCAGAGACAGGAAAAAUCUACAGAUUAAAUUCUGUUGACAAGCAUGGGAGAACAGUUCUUGUUAUGCGACCCAGUUGUCAGAACACAAAAUCCACAAAAGGACAGAUUAGGUACUUGGUGUAUUGCAUGGAGAAUGCCAUUUUGAAUUUAUCUCCAGAUCAGGAGCAGAUGGUGUGGCUGAUUGAUUUCCAUGGAUUCAAUCUGUCACAUAUUUCACUGAAGGUGACAAAGGAAACAGCACAUGUUUUACAAGACCAUUAUCCAGAGCGGCUGGGUCUGGCAAUCCUAUAUAAUCCACCAAAGUUCUUUGAACCAUUUUGGAUGGCAGCAAAAGUGUUUCUAGAGCCCAAGACUUACAAUAAAGUCAAGUUUGUUUACUCUGAUGAAGUUAACACCAUGAAAAUAAUGGAAGAACUAUUUGAUAUGGACCAACUCGAGUCUGCAUUUGGGGGCAAAGAUAAUUCCGGUUUUGAUAUCAGUAAAUAUGCUGAGAGGAUGAAGGAGGAUGACAAAAGGAUGCCUUUACUUUGGACAGUAGGGAGUGAACCCUCAGCAAUGCCACAACCAGCCCUGACUUCUACUGCUUCCUUGGAUGUCAGCAUGGAAUCACAUUCUGAUGCUUCUGAAACUGAUGAAACAGACAGUUCUCAGCUUCACGGGAUAAGUACAGAAAUUGCCUCCAAUGAUGUCAAUACACCAGCUGUUGAUGGUGGCAGAAAUGGGUCAGAAAAUGUACAUGUUAACGUGAAAACCCAGGAAGACCAAGCACGUGCCUGACUAGUUAAGGUAUGAUGAUAAUAGUGUUGAUGUUAGCUGAGCUGACUAGUCAUCUUGGUGAGAGACUUAACAAAUGAUCUUUCCGUCGAGUUUAUGAAAUGACAUUUAGAAGAGACAUUAGAUGUAAUGAUUCAUGUGUAUGCAUUUUGGCUACUUUUGCAGUUAACUUGUUUGAGACCAGAUAAAUCCUAUGCUUAAAUAAAGAUGAUGCAGAAAAGAGAGUGCCAUAACCUAUAGAACCGGUAGGUUUUUCCUGAGAUCGGGUGGUACAAGAGUAUCUGCUACUUUGUUUACAUAGUUGUUGUAAUGAAACUUCAUUUCCCUUGUUUUAUUGAAAUCUGCUCCUUUUUUCUUUCAA